AUGCAGCUUCACCUUAGAGUCAUUGAGGCAAGAGACAUGCCAAAGGAAGAUACAUUUGGCAAAUGCGAUCCAUUUGUUCAGAUCAGUGUUGGCUCUCUCCCAGUUAAGAAGACCAAAGUUAUCAAAAACACUUACAACCCUAAAUGGGAAGAAGAAUUCCAUUUUGAUCUUCCAAAUCCAGGUACACCAAUCUUCCUCAAGUUCAUUGACUAUGAUGAAGUCGGUUCAAAUGAUCCUUUCGGAUCUGUCCAACUCAACACAAAUAGUAUAAUGGUUGGCCAAGUUGUAGAUAACUGGUAUCCACUUACACCUGUAAAGUCCGGUAAGAGGGUAGGCGAAGUUCACUUGAAACUUCAAGUAGCUCCAACAGGUCAUCCUGCCUUCCAUCCAUUCCAGGCUAUGCCACCACCACAAGGUGUUGCAUACCCACCACAAGGAAUGCCACCACCAGGUCAAUAUCCACAGCAAAUGCCUCCACCAGGCCAAUAUCCUCCUCAAGGACAAUACCCACCACAAGGACAGUAUCCACCAGGUCAAUAUCCUCCUCAAGGACAAUACCCACCACAAGGACAGUAUCCACCAGGUCAAUAUCCUCCUCAAGGUCAGUACCCACCACAAGGACAGUAUCCACCAGGUCAAUAUCCUCCUCAAGGUCAGUACCCACCACAAGGACAGUAUCCACCAGGUCAAUAUCCUCCACAAGGACAGUAUCCUCCACAAGGACAGUAUCCACCAGGUCAGUAUCCACCACAGCCUCAGCCAGGCCAAUAUCCACCAGGUCAGUAUCCACCGCAAGGAAUGAGCUAUCACGAUCAGAAGAAAGCUCAAAAGAAAGCUGAAAAAGAGCACAAGAAGGACCAAAAGAAGGCAGAGAAAGCGGCCAAGAAGUUAGUUAAGAAUGUUUUAGGAAUUAAGCUUUAA